AAAGAAGGUCAUUUGCCCGAUGGAUGGGUUCAAACUACUCUUGAUUCUGCUUACACAAAUUCCACCAAUAAAUUAUUAUUUGUAGGAUGCCAAGUAGCAAUAAAUUCAGCACAUAUUGUGAUUAUUGAUUAUGAACAAAAUAUAAUUUGUGAUGAAUGGUUUCAAAUUGAACAUUCAUCUGCUAGUGAUAAUAACAAUAAAGAAUUGAACCAUGGAAUGAAAAGUUUAAAGAAUAUGCAAAAUAUUUUAUUGUCUCUUAUAACUAGAAAUACAAAAUUAGUUGGUCAUUGUUUAUCAAAUUAUUUAAAAUUAUUAAAAUACGCACACCCGUAUAUUAUUGAUACAUCAAUUCUAUAUCAAGAUAAUAAUGAAUUAUAUUCAAGACCAACAUUAAGCUUUCUUAAAACAACUUUGUAUAAAAUUACAUUGGAAGUUACUAAUACUCCAGAGGAAGAGGCAAAUGCAAUUCUUUCUUUAUAUAAAUACACACUUGAACGAGGUCCUUACGUAGGAAAAAGCAAAGAAUCUUUAAUCAACAUUUUAAAUAUAAGUAAUAGAUCCACUGUAUUCAUUGAUCAUAGAGAUAAAUUUCAGUUAUUUGGUGGUGGUUCAACUUCUAAUGCAAAUCUUGUUUUAUGUACCAAUGAUGAAGAGGCACUUGUUUCUACUUAUUUAUAUCUUAAAAGAUUUCCAAAUGGGGAAGAUCAAUUAAAAUGUUUAAAAACCAUUAAUGAUAGGAUAGAUAAUUUAUAUCAUAAACUAUCAACAAACAGUGUUCUAAUGGUCAUUGGUGAACCGAAAAAAGAAAACAACGAAAAAGGGAUUGCUUUUAUUAGA